GACACCGGGUCGCUCGGAGGCUGGCGCGAUGCUCCCGUCUCUGCAGGAGUCGCUGGACGGGGAGGAGAAGGAACUGGAGAGCAGCGAGGAGGGCUGCCUCGCCGAGGAGCGCAGACCCGAGCCGCCGCCCAGCAGCCACUACGGCCUCUACAGCUGCCGCGGAAGCAGAUUGGCACAGCAACGAGCAGACAGUGAUGAUGGCACAAAUUCAGAAACUCCCUCUGGUGAUGAUUUCAGCCUCUCCUUGGUGGAUACUAAUCUGCCAUCUGAAGUGGAGCCAGAGCUACGCAGUUUCAUUGCUAAGCGUCUUUCGAAAGGAGCAGUCUUUGAAGGGCUGGGUAAUGUUGCAUCCGUGGAGCUGAGAAGUCCGGGUUACCGAGUUGGUUGUUAUUACUGCCUUUUCCAACAAGAAAAAUUGCUUCCUGAAACAGCAACAAUGGGCUCUGAACAUAACCCUUCAGAAUAUGUGGUCUGUUUUUUAGGAGGGUCUGAAAAGGGCCUCGAGCUGUUCAGGCUUGAAUUGGACAAGUACAUUCAAGGGCUGAAAAUUAACAUGAAUUGUGAGGAAAGUGGUCUGGAGAACCAAGUAAAGUCCUAUCUGAACAGCUGGUUUGAAGAUGUUGUAUGCCCAAUUCAAAGGGUGGUUCUUCUCUUUCAGGAGAAACUUACCUUCCUGCUGCAUGCUGCUUUGAGUUAUACUCCUGUUGAGGUUAAAGAAUCAGAUGACAAAACAAAGAGGGACAUUAACAGGUUUCUGAGUGUCGCCAGUCUCGAAGGACUCAUUCAUGAAGGCACCAUGACAUCAUUGUGUAUGGCCAUGACGGAGGAGCAGCACAAGUCUGUGCUCAUAGACUGCAGCGGCUCCCAACCUCAGUUCCACAAUGCGGGAAGCAACCGGUUUUGUGAGGACUGGAUGCAAGCUUUUUUAAAUGGCACUGAAGGGGGCAACCCUUUUCUCUUCAGACAAGUACUGGAGAACUUUAAGCUAAAGGCCAUACAAGACACAAACAAUUUGAAGAGGUUUAUACGGCAGGCAGAAAUGAACCAUUAUGCUUUGUUUAAAUGUUAUAUGUUCCUGAAGAACUGUGGGAGUGGAGAUGUCCUUUUGAAGAUUGUGAAAGUGGAACAUGAAGAAAUGCCUGAAGCUAAAAGUGUGGUAGCUGUCCUUGAAGAAUUCAUGAAAGAAUCUCUUCCCCGAAGUUUUUGAUCAUGUUUUGAAAUAACUCUUCAUGAAGUUGUAUAUUUGUUUGAAUCAUCAGUUGUCAUUGUUCAUAGAGUUCCUAUUUAAGGUGAUCUUAAACCUACCAAAUUCUUUCUUUUUACACUUUUGCCAUUUAACUUAAUUAAACAUAACAAUCUGAGGAA